AUACGGUGCAGUUGACCACUACACACGUACUUACUAUGCUGCCUCAAUGAUUACUGGCCAAUGAAGGCGUUGCAGGCGUCCUGAUAGGAGUGUCUAACUACACUGCAUCAGGGACAGUCGCCAGGCUCUGGUCUGCAGAGCUAUGGCUACCAUCAGCAGGAAGUCAUACUAGGGAAUGACCUAACAUCCCCUCGAGAAAAUAUAGUCCAAUGGCUCCUUCCGACCAUAUCCACAAACAAGAAAACUUCCCACAUUUCAGAUUCGUGUCAUCACAGGAAUGCAAGAUGUUGCCCUCACAAUUGAUGAUAAGGUCCUGGGCUCAGAGUUCCUUCUCCAGGUGGUGUCCGAGUUAGGUGUAGAUGACAAGGAUUGGCUGGGUCUACAAUACAGUGACCUCUCAGGUCGCUGGUGGUGGCUGCAGGACAACAAAAAGGUACUAGCCCAGAGGGUGCGGCCAGUUGCAGACCCACUCAUCAUGUUCCUGAAAGUGAAGCUCUACCCACCCCGACCCUCACAGCUCACAGACACCACAGUGCAACGACUUGUAUAUCUGCAACUGAAGGCAGCUGUGGAGGUUGGGGAGUUGAUCUGCCCAGCACCCCGCAAUGCCAUACUUAGUGCCCUUGCAGGACAGGACAGUGUACUGAAAUACCUAGAGACAGCAGAGGAACUAGAAGAGUAUGGUUUGUGGCACUUCAUCGUGAUGCGACCGCACGACCCUACCCCUGUCAGACUGAGCAUCGGCACCACUGGCUUUUUCAUCACAGAGAAUAACAGGAAAAUCAGCUUCCCCUUCUCUGAGCUGCAAGGGAUUCAGGCGAAUGGGAGGAAACUGGUGCUGCAACACAUAGCCAAGUCACUGCCAGACACCAUCUUCCAGGGCUCUGAUGACGCCCACAUCAAGGACCUUCAUUACCUUGCCGUCCUACACAAGGAAUACUACCUUGUCAAUAAUGCAUGCUGAAGCAAGACAUACAGCCAAUUUUUUCACUCAUUCUUUCUGAUGAAAGACUAUUACAGGCACAUCUAAGCAAUGGGUUCACAAAUGGCCUCCAUUCAGAAGCUUCUGAUACAGCAAUGUUUGGUAAGAAUUCCUUAAUAAACCCAACUUCCCACCAUAAUUUUAAAAGGAAAGCCAGACACUGAGAAAGAAAAUUCUUGAUGGCAAAUUUGUAAAAAAAAAUGUGGGUUGCCUAAAAUGAACAAAUGUCAGGAAUGCUGCACAAUAUAUGUAACAUCCUCAGCUAUCUUCUUUGUGAGGCAUACUCUUUAAUUUAUUAUAUCUCAAUAAGAUCACUGUUGUGCCAUUCAUGUGAAGCCAAUCACAUGCAAGGGACUUGGCCCCUUGCAUGGCUCCCUUCAUUAUCAGGGUAUUCUGGAGGGCCCUCCCACUCCCUUCCUUAGUUUUUGUGAUAAAUAAAAUACAGAUCCAAAGAUACAUUUUGGCCCUUCCCUUCACUGGGGCCCUGCGGUAAAUUUCAGCUUUUCCUCAUUUCCCCUCAUAGUUACACCUUCAUCUCAUUUUUUGACACUACACGAAGAAUGUGCUUUAAUAUAUUUUUCUAAUCAUGGCAUUUAUUAUGUUAGGGAAAGUGUUUGUGCUCUAUCACAAAUUUAUAUCACAUCCAAGAGGAACAUUUACUUGGACACCCCAUCUCAGUGUGUAUGACAAUGCUUUCAUGCUCCUUAGACAUUGUUUUUCAGGUAGGUCCCAGCACAUGAUGGUGAAUCAGACUGUCUUAGACUUGGCACCCUUGCUAUCUGGUGACUCAAGAAUCAGUCUUAUGGCUGAUACCUGUGUGCAGCUACAUCAGCAGUUUAUCUUCUCUGCUUCCCUCACACUUGUCAUUUCUGUGCUGAUGACACCCAGAUUUAUGUGAAGAUUACAAAUGUUAAUAUGAAAAGAAAAUUAUAUUUAUUAUAUUUAUUACUGGUAUUCUCGACUAAAUUGUUAUGUAUCUCUGGUCCAAGCAAUUUCAGUUGAAUAACGCUGUCAGUAGGUAUAUUCAACAAUAGGAAUAAUUCAAUUCUAUUUGAGUAGUAGCAGCAAGUAGGUGCCUUCUAAACCCUUUGAUAAAAAGGACAAAUUAGAGACAGGAUGAUAAUUUGACAUGUCUUAAAUAUCAGGUCCAGGUUUCUUGAGCAGAGGCCAUAGCAAGGCCUGCUUUUCAGACUGCACAAAUCUACCCUCUGAAAAGCAUUUCUUCUAUUUUCAUAAUAGAUUCAGUUGUAUGGUCAUAGACUCUGAAUAAUUUAGAAACAUUUCUGCAAUCCAAAGGGUGAAAGGUUUAUUAGUUUCUUAUGUAGGGUAAGACGAUGUCCACACCUACUAAACAGAAUGAUGAAAGAAAAUAAUUUAAGGGUGUUGUGGUUAGAGUAUGUACUAUUAAAAUUACUCAUUGGGGGUAGGUUCAUCCAACUCACGUCUUAGUAAGUUAUAAAGUUGGAAGCCAACUUUGCAUUGAUGUACCUUACAUGCUUGUGCAUUCUCAUAUUUUCUGCCAAUAAACUGUUCAAAAACGAA